AUGGUUGCAACUAUCCCAGACACCAUCCCAGUGUUAGUCGUCGGAGCAGGCCCCAUCGGUCUCUCCCUAGCAAUCGAGCUGCGAGUACACGGCGUCGACGUCCUCGUCGUAGACCGUGACCUAGACAUCGUCGAUGGUCACCCCAAGGGCCGCGGCAACGACCUCCGCACCCUAGAGCAUUACCAUCGAUGGGGCGUGAGCGACGAACUGCGCCAGCUGUCCUGGCAGACGCGCAACCCAGACCAGAAAGUAAUCAUCACUGAAAGCAUCGCGGAGCAGCCACUAGGCGCAUAUCCGUUGCAAUACGGACGGCAUGUCGAGGAGUCGCGGGAAUACGCCGCUGAGCCGUCCCUGAGUCUGCCCCAGCCGAUCUUAAUGCGCGUCCUGCAAAAGCGAGCUAUUGAGCUCGGCGCACAAAUCUGGCGAGGCUGGGAAGCUACCUCUGCACAGCAAGAUAUCGACAAGGCGGUCACGGAACUGAAGUCAUUAGCAGAGGGAACCAUCCAUCGCGUGUCGUCAGACUAUCUAAUUGGCGCCGAUGGGCCACACAGUCUUGUGCGAAAAGCGGCGGGAAUCUCACGAAAAGGCGUCGGUCCUAUAUCUCGAGCUUGUAGCUAUGUGGUCCGAAGCGAAGGAUAUAAAAUUCGUGAUAUGAUCAGCUCUCCGGCGCAUGAUGCAUUGGCCUUUCUAAUGGUGCUGAGUCCCGCAAACUGUACCAUUAUUAGCAUCCCGGAUGACGAGCACUGGGGGUUCAGUGUUAUGGUCGACGACAACGAACCAGACCCAACAGAUGAGGAAGUCAUACAAGCCGGACAGAAUGUUCUGGGUGCGCGCGUGCCGUUGGAAGUAAUCAGUUCGUCUUCGUUCCGCGUCUUCACUCGCCUGGCCGAUUCAUAUUCCACCGGCCGUUUGUUCAUCGCCGGUGACGCAGCACACCUCUGUCCUCCCACGGGUGGCCAUAACAUGAAUCUGGGGAUUGGCGAUGCUGUGAACCUCGCAUGGAAGCUCGCUGGCGUGUUGCAUGGCUGGGGCGGCGAGAAGCUGCUGUCAAGUUACGACGCCGAACGAAGGCCAGUCGGGGACCGGGUGACCAGCUCUGCAAUGGAGAACAGCUACUCGAUGAAGAAAGUGAGCGACAUAUUCGCCGAGCUCCCUCCUCUCGGACACAGUGCUACUCAAGGGCAGCGGUGUGCACGCGGUGACACCGCCUACAAGAUCACAUAUCAGCAGUGGAACAGUCUGGGCGUCACUCUGGGUCAACGCUACGACGAGUCUCCCCUGACGAUCAAGGGCACCUGGGAAGCUCCACCGUAUAGCGCCACAGAGUAUUGGCAUUACGCCAGCCCCGGGCAUCGGGCGCCGCAUGUAUGGCUUGAGGAUGGAACGCCGUUGCUGAAUCACUUUGGCAAGGGGUUCACCUUGUUGGAUGUGGAGGCGUCAGACGUGCUGGUUGCACGUUUCUUGAAUGUCGCUGCGAGGGUUGGACUGCCCAUCACACGGCUCAGGCUGUCUGUUGGUAUUGCAAGGAGCAAAUAUCCCGCCUCGAUCACUAUCAUCCGCCCGGAUCAGUACAUAGCGUGGCAGGGAGAUGAAUGCAAUGACCCUGCCUCGGUCAUUGACAGGAUUAGAGGGAAGUGA